CGCUUGUAAGACAGUGGUUUCCGGAACUAGAAUCCAAUAGACAGGGUCCUACAGUCAAUGGACCCCAGGGUCAGGACAAUGACCCUCAUCUCAAAGUUGGGGCAGGACCUCAGAAGCUUAUUGCCAGAGGCUAACGUACCAGUAAAAUGGAACCUCCGCUUCACCUCCUUCCUCCCCCGAGGCUUUGAUCCCCAUCUCAGCUUAAAACUAGACAAAGGUGAGAAGUCCUGUUUUAUUAGGGAUUGGAUUAAUAGUACCCCCAUACUACAUGCAUUUGAGGAAUCUAUCAUCAAUGAAAUGGGAGGGACCUUCCUUAUCUUAAAGCGAUUGGGUACGAAAAAGCCAAAAUUAGAGGAUGUUACACCCCACCAAUGGUGCCUAGCACCAGUUGGGAUACUAGCCCAUAUGAUAGAAACAUAAAAAUUAACUGGUUCUGUAACAGAUUAUCUCACUUACAUGGAAAGAAUAUCUCAAUUUGGCCAUAUGUUUCAUGGAUUUCAGUCCUCAGAUAUGACAAUGAAUAGCAUUACCUUCAAGUCCAGCAUAAAUUCAGAUGGGGCAUUGAUGUGCAGAGCCUCAAAACAGAGCUGAAACAUAAAAGGGUGCUAGCUGCAAGGAAACCCC